GUUGCGUUGUAACUGAACAUUCCCUUAUCUCCUCUUUCAGUCUCUUUCUCUCUCUCGUUUUACGCGCACUCCCCACGGCGCCCGGCGACCAGAACUUCGGUACGGAGGUGGCGACCGACGGAGCUUCUGAAUCACGCAGUAUUCUUCGGGUUGUCUCCGGGCUACGGACUUGCCGGCCGAGGGUUGAGUCAUGGUGGUUCAAGGACUGAGGGCUGAGCCCUUAUUUCGCGGCCUUACUACUUUACACCCUCAACUUCCCCCACUCGCCGCCUUCUUUCCGGCCAAAUUAACACCCCGCAACAUCUUCUUGCCCAUUUCUACUUCAUUUUCAUCUGCUCUGUCAACAGCUGUUAGAGCACAAACCAGCUCGACUUUAUCUUCUUCGACUAUCCCUUUCGGAGACAAUGGCUCUGGUUAUGGUAAUCGGCAUUGGAUGGUGCUUGUCGAAGAUCCUCCCCAAGAAAUCACUGCAAAAUCCGAAGUAAUUGAUUACUUUGUGCGCAAGCUUGAGACCGUCUUGGGAAGGAUUGAUGAUAUAACUCAAUUAGUGAACGUCAUUGCUGCUGUUUUUGCUGUCUUGUCAUGUGAGACAGAUGCUCAGAGGUGUAUGUAUGAUGCUUCCUGUGAUACCCAUUUUGGUUUCUGCUGUGACAUUGAUGAAGAAACAGCUCAGGCACUAGCAAAGUUAAUUCUUGUGAAGAAUUCUUACUUUUGGUGCAUCGUAGGUGUGCCUGGAGUGUUGACAGUUAAACCAGAUCCUGAUUUAGAUUCUACACAGAAAGAUUACAGCUUGCCAAAGUUUGAAUUGACUGCUGAAUUAACAAACAGCCCUUUUAAUGGAAGAACAUUACUGUUUCCUGCUGGCACUACUAAACACUGGCUCGUUCGAAUGAACCGACCAGCAAUUGGAGCCAUUAGAAAGGCCCAAAUCGUUGAUUAUUAUGUGCAAGUCCUAAUGAGAGUUUUGAGGAAUGAGAAAGAUGCUCAGAUGUGUAUGUAUCAUGUUUCGUGGGAAUCCAACUAUGGUUUCUGCUGUGAGCUAGAUGAUGAGUGUGCUCGAGAGUUACUUGAUAUCCUUGUUGUUGCAGCUGUGCCUGCUGUCCUAUCAGUUGAACAAGAUGAAAAUUUCGGCUCUGAUAUUAAGGAUUAUGGAGGUGAGAGUUUUAGAGCCUCGGAAGAAUCUUCAGCAUCAAAUCUAACAAGCAAUAUUAAAACAAAGAAGCUCUUUGUGACAGGUCUAUCCUUCUAUACAUCUGAGAAAACCUUACGUGCAGCAUUUGAAGGUUUCGGUGAACUUGUGGAAGUUAAAGUCAUAAUGGACAAGAUUUCCAAAAGGUCCAAAGGUUAUGCCUUUUUGGAGUACACCACUGAGGAGGCUGCUAGUACCGCUCUAAGAGAAAUGAACGGGAAGAUCAUCAAUGGUUGGAUGAUUACAGUCGAUGUUGCGAAGAAAAAUCCUCCCAAGUUUAGCAGGGGCCAACUGAGACCUGCUACAUCCUGAUGCAUAAUGUUUCAACUUUUCCCACAUUAUUCGAAGAAAUAUGUUCUUUUUCGGUUCAGGUAUACCCAGCUCAGUGGAAACAAAGGCGCAACUCAUGAAGCAGGACAAGAGAAACAACAGUUGAAUACACAGUCAACUUCUCGACUUCAUUUAAUAACCCUUUCCAGGAAUUAAAAAAGGGCUCUGAAAAAACGAGUGGCGGCUAUGCUAGAAUCCAUUGAAAACAGUUUAGUUGGGGAAAAUGUAGAAAAUGAAGACAAAAGUCCCUCAGAUGGGGAGGCCAGAGAAGUUUUGCUCAACUUGUGUGUGCACUUUUUCAUUUUGUGUAUAUUUUUUGGGAAGCCUAGAAUUGUGGUAUUUGCUCUACUAAAAGGGUUCUGUUUGAGAAACAGAUUUGUUGUUGCCUUGUUUUGAUGAGGUCUACUUUUGUGAAUUACGACUUCAGUUUGUAUAAAAGAGUGUGAUGGAAGUAUUUUUCGCUCACCUCCAUUUUGGUUUGGUUUCCCUAAUUGAUUUUGUAGUAUUAUUUUUGAAGGCC